AUGGUCGCUGCUGUCCCCAACACCUGGUCCCAGGGCCAAGGUACGGCAUUUAUCCGUAACAUCGACGACUCCGACCGCCCCGGUGUGAAGCUUUUCCACUCGAUUGUCGACACUAUCGAGGGAGAGAACCCCCUAACCAUCAUCUCCUGGGUCGCCCCUGACUCCAACCACGAGCUUGAAGACCUUUUCUACUUCUCUGGCGAUGUUGCCCAUGACGGCAACGCUGCUUCUACCCUUUUUGUGCACUCUGCCUCAGAGGCGCACAUCAAUACUCUCCCGCCGACCGAUCCUAUGUACGAGACCCUCCUGCCCCCAAUCGUCUGGUAUAUUCAGUGCCUGGGAAUAGUCGGCAACGCGGACGAGAGCAGUCGCUCCUUCGAGGUCACCGGCACGACUUAUAUGGGCAAGAAGGGCGACUGGGCUGCUUUCGUCUGGCGUGUUGAGGUACCAGAUACGGCAAGAUGGCCGUACUGGCCUUACAAGGACGGCCAGCACGUCUUCGUAUCUGGCCCUCUGGAGAAGAGGGUGGAUGGUGUCUACUGCAUCAACCUGCAGUCGAUGCAUUCCGUCGGCAACUUCUCUUCUUCCGCUCCCUCCUCUUCCCCGCAGCGCCCCACCGUUGUCCACCGACGCCCCAACAUUGCCUUCUCUCAUGAGCAUCCAGUCAAAUCUUCCUCCGUCCCCACCAAGAAAACCAGAAAGUAG